AUGAGCUGGCAGGGGCUGCCAGUGGAGCUACGGAGCGAUGUAUUGAGCGAACUCGUCCAUGGCGAUUUAUUUCGCGAACCCCCGUCCGAGUCGUGUCUCUCACUUCGACUUGUCUGCCGGGAUUUUAAUACUCUAUUCUGCUCAAUCCUCUAUCUCAAGUCGAAUGGUCUCAGGAAGGUGCCAGCGAAGGCGAGGAACUGCGCCACCGUCGCUUGGCUCCUCUCGCUCAAGACCAGGUUGGACCCUCCGAACCAUGAUAGGACGUCCACCUACUUCCAACAAUGGGCCGCCUUUAUGGACGCCUACAGCAGUUCCCAACCGGGUGGCUCGGGCAACUACGAUCAAUGGCUCGAAGCUGCUUGCCGCGCUGCGGCCUACAACGGCGAUCCUCAAGCAACAUUUUCUUGGUUGGUCCGUUCCCGCGAUUCCUUGGUCAGGUCAGUCGAUCUGGCUAUCCCAAGAAACCUUGUUGUUGAACAGGCAUUUGCAAAGCCUGGAGAUGUAUCCUAUCUGGAAAGAGCACCUGGUGCUCUGCAGAUUGCCUGCGAAAAUGGCAAUCUCGAAGUAGUCACGUCUCUCCUCUCCUCGGGGAUUGCUUCAGCCGACCACCAUUCAGUCUUUGGCUACCCAGUCGAUAACGCCGUUCGCAAUGACCAUGUAGAGAUUGUCCGAUGUUUGGAUCAACACGGCGCUGAUCGCGAUUGCUGGACCGUUCCGACUGCAAGUCUCUUGGUGCUUGCCGCCUCCCAUGGCAGUUCCGCAACCCUCAAGUAUCUUCUUGGAGUAAGCGAUGUCAAAAACCUUGUAUCGGUGCAGUAUUUCCUAUUCCUAGCAUGCCAGAGAGGGCAUGAAGGGAUCGUCAAGGUGCUGUUCCAAUUCGCCGAUGAAAAGAACAAGGUGCAUAAACGGUCCAAAAGUUGGGUCAAUCGUGUGAUGCACCGCCGGGCCACCGCCAAUGUUCUGAUUGAUCCCGAUACGCCGGUUUCAGAUACACUGAUCAGGGGCCUCAGGUUUGAUAUGCAAGUGGAGGGACCCCGUACACCAAUCUGUGUAGCAGUGAAAAACAAGCACAUCAAGAUCGUCAAAUUUCUAAUUGCCAGGCCUGAAUUUGAGCCUGGCGACCAAGACAACGAUAACUGUCCGUUGUUUGUGGCAGCACAGACGGAUCAAACCGACCUCGUCGAGUUGCUCUUGGACCGUUAUCAGCAGGACAACAAGGUGACUUCAACAAAACUCAUGAUACUUUUCAACGAGGCAUGCAGGUCUGGGAGCAUUUCCGUCGCAAAGUUGCUUCUAAAGCGGCCGGGCGUGGACCCCAACAACAUAACCCAAUCUCUCGAUACAAUCCCGUUGGUGACGGCUGUCGGACAAACCGCAGGCGAUAGCAGCGUGAACCACUUUUCCAUUGUCAAGCUGCUUCUACAGCAUCCUCUCAUAGAUCCCCGACUUCCGAAAACGGGGCUGACACCAUUGGAAGUCGCCAUUGACAAGAACAAUGCUGCCAUGGUGAAACUGCUGCUUGAACACCCGAAAACCGAUCCAAAUCGAUACGGCGACGAGCAUUAUUCGCCUCUGUGUAAAGCCAUACGCAACGGAAGCCUUGACAUUGUCCGGCUUCUCCUCAAACGCCCCGAUACGGACACAAAUUUGCGAGACAGAGAUCGAUAUUGGGGCACGCCUUUGGUGACAGCCGUGGGCCGAGCCGACACGCUCAUCGUCCAAGAGCUGCUUGAACGUAGCGACAUCGACCCCAACAUGCCCUCGUUCGGUGAUGGGCCCUCUGGAAAUGCUCUCCUCUACGCGGCCGGCUCUGGCAAUCAUGAAAUCAUCAAAUUGCUCCUGAGGCGCGUUGAUAUUGACGUGAAUGUGGCGACAGAUAACGACACCACGCCCUUGGUGCAUGCCAUAAAGAAUAACAAGAUUGGCAUCGUCAAGCUUCUGCUUUCUCACCAGAACAUCGACCCCAAUUACGCGCCAGAAGUUGAGAUGUAUAUUGGACACCAUUACAGAGAAGACAACGCAGCUACAUAUGAGUUUGAGACGCUACAUAAUGAGCCUACUCGGAGCGGAGUGAAGCAGAUACCUCUCUUUGUGGCCGGCGCACAGUCGAAUUGGGGUGUUUUCGGUUUACUUCUCAGGCAUCCUUUGAUUGAUAUCCAUGCAACUGAUAGUACAGGCAGAACACCUCUCUGGUGGGCAGCAUCCGGAGGCCCGGAAAUCUCUACACGCUUGCUCUUGGACAGAGGCGCCGGCAUCCACAUCAACAAACAAGACAUACAGGGUUGGGCACCUUUGCAUGUGGCCGCCAAUCGCCAACGCGGCGAGGUGAUUGAGUAUCUCUUGGGCCACCCGGACGUUGACCCCAACCUUGCCAACCAGGAUGGCUGCACCGCCCUACACAUUGCCGUGUCCGGCAGUGAUGUACAGGCUGCAGCGCAGCUCCUUGCUCACCCAAAGACUGACCGGAAUCUGAAAACAAAUGAUGGGCAAACGGCCUUGUCCAUUGCACGGGGUCUUGGAUAUCAUAGGUUGACUCAGCUACUGGGAGCAAACUAG